AUGAAAGCCACAGUAAAGUUUACAAAUAUUAAAUGCGGAUCUUACAACGAAACCCUGGUAAAGGUCGAACAGUGUCGACUUCGUGCGAUCAGCCGCAGCAAAACCGUUUUAAACAUAGCACUUAAUUUACUGGUACCAGUUAAUAAUAUGAAGCUCCACUGGCAAACGAAAGUGUGGGGAAAUGGCUACAAGCCCUGGUUGGCUGAGUAUAAGAUCGAUUUCUGUGCUUUUUUACGUAGAGCCAAUCACCCAGCCGUCAAAAUAUUAUAUGACGCCUUCAAGCCCUUCACAAACUUAAACCACACGUGUCCCCUCGUGGGCAACAUAUAUGUUAAGGAUAUGUUCUGGGACGUAUCCAAUUAUACUUUGCCUAUGCCAACUGGAGACUACUUGAUAAUUCUUAAUUGGGUAACCAGUAACAAGACACGUGUGUUUACGAAUGUUUACUUAAGCUUUAAACAGGAUCUCAUUUCGGACUAA